AUGAAGCCUUCUCCAACAGUGUUGAGGACCAUAAAACCGCGUCUGCCAAGCGUACCUGAGCCCGUUUUCCAGAUCCCAUCAUUAUCAUUGAUUUCCUUUGCCGAUUUGCCCAAUAAUGGGUUUGGAAACGGUAACUACUUUAUAUCCAAGACUAAGUUCGGCCACUGGCCCAUCUACAAGAAAGUGCAAAACACCAAAAUAACCACCGAAAUCAAGCGGAUCCAAGGUGAUGUGUUGCAAUUCAAGAAGGAUUUGGUCAGUUUGACCCGUUUAAACCCAAAAUUUGUUACGGUCAACCAAACGGCUGGAUACGUCAACGUUAAAGGUGAUGAAGUGGAGCGCUUGAGACUGGUGUUUGACAAGCACAUAAACUAA